AUCACUCAAUCAAAACCCACAGUCAAAGUGGAAAACAUGACAGUAUGUAACGCUAGCAUAUACACAAAAAAUAUUAAAUAGAGAAAAAGAAGCUUGCAUUAUUGAGAGAGAAUUCUAUUUUCCCUGCUCAGUCAUUUCAAUCCUUUUAAGAAAAAAAAAAAAUUCCUAAAAAUCCAAAAUUCUCCUUCGCAAAGAGAAAAAGAUAGGAAUAUAUAUUUCUUCUCAGGAAGAGGGAGAAAAUUUGGGUGUCUGUUGUUUGUUUUUCUUUGGGUUAUUGUCAAUGGUUGAAUUAUAGAAAUCGAAACAAAUAUUUCAAAUUUUACCCCUUUCGAGUUUAACAAGGAAGAGAGAACAAAAAUAGCUAACUCAAGAUGCGAUCUUCAAUUUGAUUUUGGGAGUGUGGUUGAAUCUAGGCCGUUUGGUUUUCAAUUUUCGUGAUUGAUUAUUAGACAGUGAAAUUACAGGCAGAAAGGCAAACCCAAAAAAAGAAAGAGAGAGAAAUGCACGGAGGCGAUGAGGUGGUCGCAGCUCUGGCAGGACCGCCACAACCGUUGGAUUGGAAAUUCUCUCAGGUUUUUGGUGAAAGAACCGCUGGAGAAGAAGUUCAAGAAGUUGAUAUUAUUUCUGCUAUUGAAUUUGAUAAAACUGGGGAUCAUCUUGCCACUGGUGACCGUGGGGGCCGUGUUGUUCUCUUUGAGAGGACAGAUACAAAGGAUCAUGGUGUAUCAAGAAGGGAUAUGGAGAGAAUGGAUUAUCUAAUUAGUCGGCACCCUGAGUUUCGUUACAAGACAGAGUUCCAGAGCCAUGAGCCUGAGUUUGACUACCUCAAGAGCUUGGAAAUAGAGGAAAAAAUCAACAAAAUCAGAUGGUGCCAAACAGCCAAUAGUGCCCUUUUUCUCCUUUCCACCAAUGAUAAAACCAUCAAGUUUUGGAAGGUACAAGAAAAGAAAGUCAAGAAAAUUUCUGACAUGAAUUUGGAUCCAUCAAAAGCUGUAGGAAAUGGCAGCAUUGCUAGUUCAAGUAAUUCAAGUAGCCCUAAACCAUGUCUUGCAAAUGGAAGCUCCCUUGACGGAUCCUACAACAAUUUGAGCCAUGAUUUCUCUUUCCCACCAGGAGGCCUUCCAUCGUUGCAUUUACCUGUGGUAACAAGUCAGGAGACCAACCUAGUGGCUAGAUGUCGACGGGUAUACGGCCAUGCUCAUGAUUAUCACAUCAAUUCUAUUUCAAAUAACAGUGAUGGAGAAACUUUUAUAUCAGCCGAUGAUCUACGUAUAAAUCUUUGGAACUUGGAAAUUAGCAAUCAAAGUUUCAAUAUUGUCGAUGUAAAGCCUGCAAACAUGGAGGAUCUAACCGAGGUUAUAACAUCAGCAGAGUUUCACCCUACCCACUGUAAUAUGCUAGCAUAUAGUAGUUCAAAGGGCUCAAUUCGCCUCAUUGAUUUGCGGCAAUCAGCUUUGUGUGAUUCUCAUGCCAAAUUGUUUGAAGAACCGGAGGCACCUGGUUCUAGAUCAUUUUUUACGGAGAUAAUUGCCUCAAUCUCAGACAUUAAAUUUGCAAAGGACGGAAGAUAUAUUCUUAGCCGUGAUUAUAUGACUCUUAAGUUGUGGGAUAUCAAUAUGGAUUCUGGUCCAGUUGCAACAUUCCAGGUUCAUGAAUAUUUACGACCUAAGCUUUGUGAUUUGUAUGAAAAUGAUUCGAUCUUUGACAAAUUUGAAUGUUGCCUAAGUGGUGAUGGAUUGCGAGUGGCAACAGGCUCCUACAGCAAUCUAUUCCGUGUAUUUGGUUGUGCCCCUGGAAGCACCGAGGCAACAACUUUGGAAGCUAGCAAAAAUCCAAUGAGGAGACAAGUUCAGACUCCCUCAAGGCCUUCCAGACCCCUGAGCAGUAUAACACGUGUUGUUAGAAGAGGAACAGAAACUCCCGGAGUGGAUGCGAAUGGAAAUUCUUUCGAUUUCACGACAAAGUUACUGCACCUAGCAUGGCACCCAACUGAAAACUCGAUUGCCUGUGCUGCUGCAAACAGCUUGUACAUGUACUAUGCAUAAAAAUGAUCCAAGUAGAAUGUAGUUGCUUGGUUAAAACUUUUUUCGGUUGUUGAUGGCGAAAGCUCCUUUCCCCUUCCCGCCAACCAGUGAGUUAAAGGCCAAAUUGAGUCUUGCACCCCGUGCCCCCUAAAAUCUGUAGCACAUGGUGUAGUCUCAAGAUCAAGAAGCGGCUGUCACAGAUCCAUGAGGAUGCAAACCUAUGAUUGCUCCCGGGUGUGCACAGUUAAUCCUGUUUCUCGUGUCUCAUCCAAAAAUUCGUUCAGUUUGUUCGCAAUUUUCUUCCUUUUUACCUCCUCCUCCCCUUGAUCUUCUUUUAAAAUAGAAGAUGGAGUAAUGUUUUUAGAUUUGUGUUGGGUUGAAGUUAGCAGCAAAUGUGAUUGUAGCUCUCCUACAAGUAAAAACUAAAGGAUGUUCUUCUAUAUUUGCCACUUAGGUUUAAGGUAAAUGUAGUUUUGUUUUUGUUUUUUUUUCUAUUUUUUUUGGUUUUACUCUAAAAUCAUGGUGGGAAGGAGCUGUUAAUACUCACGGUGCAAUUUUUUUAUUGAUUCUUUUCUCAUGUUUGGAACUUCAUCCUUUAGAUUUAGAUAAAUGUAUCAUUUUUGCUUCUCUUCUCAAUUGGUUCGAAGUAACCUUACAGCUUGACUGUGAAUCAAUGCAGGAUGUUAAGCUUUUUGUUCCGGAUGCGUCUAUGUAACAUGGGGCUUGGAUACUUCUAGAUUUUUAAUGAAAGUUUUCAUUUAUUAAAAAUCAAAA